AUGGCUCCCUUUGCAACUGCAAUGGUGCCCUCUUCACACAUAUUCCACUUUCGGAAGCCAACAAAUCUUGUCUUCCCAAUUCGCUGCUCCACCACUGCUUCUCCUGCCCUGGUUUCCACCCGUUCAAAAGCUGCUAACUUUGAUUUGAUGACAUAUUGGGCUUCCCUAAUGGUGCAGAUCAAUCAAAAACUCAAUGAAGCUAUUCCAGUUCAGUAUCCUCCCCAGAUUUAUGAAGCUAUGAGGUAUUCAGUCCUUGCCAAGGGUGCUAAGAGAGCCCCUCCCGUUAUGUGCAUUGCUUCCUGUGAAUUAUUUGGGGGAAGCCGCCUUUCUGCGUUCCCCACCGCCUGUGCUCUUGAAAUGGUAAGUUAUAUCAAACAAACACUCUAA